AUGUCCGUUAGAAAAAGCUUUCUAUCUUCUCCAGAUACUGUAAUUCAAGACAAUUCAAUGCUUUCUGACUUACCACCAUGGUAUAUGGUACUUGGUCCCGGAACUAUCACAGCUCUUCGAACUCGACGAGCUCCCCCUCUCACCUUCGCUGACCACACGAAGCAGCCAGAGCCAGAGCUAGAGCCAGAGCCAGCAGCAGCAGCCCAGCUUCAAUUAGCAGCAGCAGCCCAGCUUCAAUUAGCAGCAGCAGCCCAGCUUCAAUCAGCAGCAGCAGCAGGCCGACCAACUUCAACCAGCAGCAAACUACCAAGCUGCGAUUCUGCACGACAGUCAUACCAAGGACGAACUGACUACACCAGCGCCGUCCGCGUCGAUCCUCUCUCUCCUCAAGCACCUACGCGCUCUUUACACAAGUACAGACAUCCAGGGAUCAACUGGACCUCGAACACCGCUGUUCCAUCGCCCUACCUUCAAGCUGUCACCUUGAAACCCGACGACGCUCCUUCAAAACUACACGACCGAACUACCACAAACGAUUAUCUACUCAUGCGAACUGUUUGUUUAAGUAUCACUUUUGAUGAAGUCAUCGAUGCCAUGAUGAUAUUCUUUGGUCCUCCAAAACAAACUUUCGAAGAAUUCUUACUUGGAUUUGCUAUAAGAAAAAAGAAGAACAUUUCAGAGGAGAGAUUUAGCAUUCGCGAAUGCAUCUUUUAUUCGGCCAUCACCUACUUCAGUAUUGAAAACUUUGAAAACGUUUUGACUACACCCAUCCCACCAUUGACUGCGACCAGGCAGUUUGAUUGGUGUGACUGUAAGAAAAAAGCCGUCAAAUAUGAUUAUUUACAUACCAAGAAUGCACAUAAAGAUAUGCCAUGGUUUGUGGAUGAAUGGCCUUAUUUACCUACGAUGAAAUUUAUUGAAAAGCAACAAAGUUUUAAAAAAAUUUUGCAAAGAGCAACAGGUAAGAUAUCAUUAUUCUUUUCCUAA